GGUGCCGCCCGGGAGAACCAGGUCAUCGGCCGGUUCCCGUGAAAACAAAAACAAUCGGCGGCGCCGCCGGGGGGCGGCCGAACGCGGCGAGCCAGGGGGCCCGGGGCGAGACGCGGCGCCGGGUAGGGCCGGCGAGCGAGCGCGAGCGGCGGGGCCGGGGCGCCAUGGGGCGGGCGGGCACUGGCUGCGCGGGGCUCCCCCGGCGCCGCGGCUAGCGCGCCCGCCUUGCCUUCGCCUCCCGCGCCGCCCGCCCGCCGCCUUGGGGGAGGAGGAGCAGGACGCGGCCUCGGUGGGGCCCGGGCCGAACCACUGUGGACCCCCGGGCGCCGGGGAGCCGAGCGCCGCGGUCUCCGGCAUGGAUCAGUGCGUGACGGUGGAGCGCGAGCUGGAGAAGGUGCUGCACAAGUUCUCGGGCUACGGGCAGCUGUGCGAGCGGGGCCUGGAGGAGCUCAUCGACUACACCGGCGGCCUCAAGCACGAGAUCCUGCAGAGCCACGGUCAAGAUGCUGAAUUAUCAGGGACACUUUCACUUGUUCUGACACAGUGCUGCAAAAGAAUAAAGGACACUGUCCAGAAGUUGGCCUCUGACCACAAAGACAUCCAUAGCAGUGUUUCUCGAGUUGGAAAAGCCAUUGAUAAGAAUUUUGAUUCUGACAUCAGCAGUGUGGGAAUAGAUGGCUGCUGGCAGGCAGAUAGCCAACGGCUUCUCAACGAGGUCAUGGUGGAACACUUCUUCAGGCAAGGAAUGCUGGAUGUAGCUGAGGAGCUCUGCCAGGAAUCUGGCCUGUCUGUGGACCCAAGUCAGAAAGAACCAUUUGUGGAGUUAAAUCGAAUAUUAGAAGCAUUAAAAGUCAGAGUUCUAAGGCCUGCUCUCGAGUGGGCAGUAUCAAACCGAGAAAUGCUCAUAGCCCAAAACAGCUCUUUGGAAUUUAAGCUACACCGACUGUAUUUUAUUAGCUUGUUAAUGGGUGGAACUACAAAUCAGCGAGAAGCCUUACAAUAUGCGAAAAAUUUCCAGCCAUUUGCCCUAAAUCAUCAAAAAGACAUUCAGGUAUUGAUGGGAAGCCUUGUGUACCUGAGACAAGGGAUUGAAAACUCACCAUACGUUCACCUACUUGAUGCAAACCAGUGGGCUGACAUCUGUGACAUCUUCACACGGGAUGCUUGUGCCCUCCUGGGGCUCUCCGUGGAGUCUCCUCUCAGUGUCAGUUUCUCAGCAGGUUGUGUGGCACUGCCUGCACUAAUUAACAUCAAAGCUGUGAUUGAACAGAGGCAGUGUACUGGAGUUUGGAACCAGAAAGAUGAAUUACCUAUUGAAGUGGACCUUGGUAAAAAGUGCUGGUAUCACUCCAUAUUUGCCUGCCCCAUUCUUCGUCAGCAAACAACAGAUAACAAUCCACCCAUGAAGUUGGUUUGUGGUCAUAUUAUAUCGAGAGACGCCCUGAAUAAAAUGUUUAAUGGUAGCAAAUUAAAAUGUCCAUAUUGCCCAAUGGAACAGAGUCCGGGAGAUGCCAAGCAGAUAUUUUUCUGAAGAAUGAGUUUGUUUGCAAUUUGUAAGUGAAACUGAAUUAUGGGUACAUUCGAGAGACAAGAGUGUUCCAUUGACUGCAGCUAUCCAAUCCAAGGACUGCCCGUUCAUAAGUUAUGCUCCAGAAGCUGCCAACUCGCUCAUGUGCACAGAGGGAGUGCUCCAGAUGGGUAUUACACAGGGCUCUAUUCACUCUUGGUCUUCGUUUCUGAUCAAGUAAACACACCAGCAGUUGUCAUUCAGUGCAGGUUUUUGUACUUACUAUAUGGUGAUUUUUUUACUUAAAAGCAGAAACAGAAGUUGACCUUCCUGACAUGUGUUUAAUAUUCCUCCUGCUUUUACAAGUUCUGACAUUUUCUUGAUAAUUGUAAGCUUGAGAGUGUUUGUGGAAGAACCUUCUUCUUAUGUAGACAUAAUUAAAUGAAAAGUCUUCAUAGGAGUUUGACAAAUUGAAUUGUGGUUAUAAAAUGAAUUUGCUUUUUUUGAUGUUGUUUUGUUUUUCUUUUUUGGCCUAAGGAAGAAAGCUGUGGUAAAUUUCAAAUUUGCAUAGCUUUUUGAUGUCUUGCUCUGCUCCAGCUCUUGCUUCAGAGUCAGCACACCUGCAUUUGAGUUCUGAGUUCUGUCUAUAGCCCAGCAGGCUGCCUGUUUAAAAUCCCAUCACGAAUUUCGCAGGCUGAUAUGAGAACGAAAUGGAUAUUUUGGGGGGUUUGUUGUUGUUGUUGUUUAUUUGUUUGUUUUGCUUUUAUUACCAAGAGGUGCUUUUUAAUAAAUGGUAUUCUGAAGUUAGGAUGUUACUAAUUUGAUAUAUGGUUUCACAGUCGUAGUACAUUGUCCUUUGAAAUCUGCCUUUAAGACUUGGCUGAGUACCACAUUAGUUACAUCACAGAUACGCAGUGUUAUGCAUGUGUAUGUAAUUAUGUGCACCAGCAUCAAACAUUGUGUAUGUGGAAGGGAAGAAGCAUGUUUCAUUCUAAAUGCAGUUGCCAGUCUCAUCACUUCAAGUCCUCAAGGGUAGACGCUAGCGACUUUCUGUGUUGUGGACCUCAUUUACUGCUGUGUUGAGUUUAAUGAGUAUAUUGUUCAUGCCUCUCUUCUGCAGUGUCUCAUCUCAUUGACUGUGAACCUGUAUAUUAAUCAAAUGGCUACAGAUAAUGGUAUUUUCUUUUGUGAGGUCUCUUCAUAUAAUGCACUGCCCAGAAAGAGCCAUGUGUAAGAGUUAUUCUUUGUAUGAGGAACUAACUACAUGGAAAAGACUUCUGUGGACAUAAUUCUGACUUAAACCCAUGAAAUACUUCAUCUUAAGAAGAGUGCUGUGUGGAAAUCACCAAAUAUCUUACAACUUUAUUUCAUCUGAUGUAGAUCUGAGCAUCAAAAUGAGAAAACUGUCAUGAGAAAAUGAGGAACCAUAAACACAGAAGCAACAAGAAACGUGACUCUUCUUACUUUAAACUAAGGAUGGACUCAGUUUAAGGGGCUGGGAUGACAGCUUUGGUGCUAAGUUAAUUAGAAAUUGCCAGCAUUCACAGUCGAUGGUCUGUGGACUAGCCUGGAUGGUCUCUCCUGAAAUGUUUACCUAGGAGAGUUGGUAUUUGCUUGUGAAGGGAAAGAAUGAUAUUGCAGGAAAACUCAAGAAAUGACCACAUGGUCAGUUUCAUGGUGAUGGCCACUGUGUACUGUGUAGGUUACCUGGGUCAAGAUUGGUCCAGCUCAGAGUGCAUGCUUUGUUCAUACUCUAGCCUGCCUCACAAUGACUUGUGCUUCACUGUCAGGAUACUCUGUAAAGUCCCUCAUGCCCCAUGAAGCAGGGAAAGAACAGAGGUGUCUCUAGCCUGCAGGAGAAAGGCACAGUGCCAGGCAGUAUCCUGUGUCCUGUGGAGGGAGGGGAGGUGUCUCUAGCCUGCAGGAGGAAGGCACAGUGCCAGGCAGUAUCCUGUGGAGGGAGGGAAGGUGUAAACUUGUUUACUAUGGAUUUUUUUUUCCCCUUUGAAUUAAAUUCUAGAGUGUCAGGCUUUUUUUUUUUUUUUAACUUUGUUAUUCCUAAGUCAAAUUUAGUUUUUAGGUUAUAACUUAUUCUUACCUUCCCACUUCAAGCAUCUACAUGACAUUUAAAUGUCAUAUAAAGUUUAUGUAAUACAGACAUUCUCUUGAGGUUGGUGGAAAAUACUUUUGGAAGCAAGACCCUUCACAGUUGGCUCAGGCCAUUUUAAGGAUGAAGGCUCUGCCUGAUCCUCUUGGCACUGGGCAUCUCUUUGACAGUCUCUUGUGAAGCUCGUGAAACUUUAAAAAGAAUGAGCUUUAACAAGUAUUUGACCUUACAGCUUCCUCUGUGAGGUCCUGUAGUCCCAGUGGGCAGGCAGGACAAGGGCCCAGAACUGAAACUUGAUCUUAAAAUUUACCCUGGAAAUGAGGUCUUAGGCUCUUCUUUAAAUGUGUGUACUUUAUCUGUGAGAGACUGACUGUAGCAGAAGUGGAUUCAAAGAAGACAGACCUUGACCAAAGAUGCUGAAAUAUAAUAUUGGGAUCCUUGUACUCUAGAACCAUGCCAUCACUGAUGUCAUGCUCAUGCUAGCAUGCAGGAGGAUGCCAUCUGUCUCUUUGAGCCUUAUUAGAGAAGGUAAUGCUAGAGGAAGACUAUCAGUCACACAGAUGACAGGCAUUGGAAACAGCUGUACUGUGGCUUCUUUGAGAGCUGUUCCUUUUCUGGUUGUGGACAAGGCUGCCUUAGGACUCUGCUAGACCAAGAAAACCUUUAGAUUCUGAUGUAGCCAGAGCCUCUCCACAGUGGCUAAGGUUGUCAUUGAUCUUUUUCUCUUUUGUGUGAUCAUCACAGAUGCCAUUUCUGUUUUAUUGAUGAUUAUAUGAGACUUUUAAUACAUAAAUGAACGGGUAUUGGUGCCUCUUUAUUUUUAAAUUUUUGAAGAAAAAGAGCCACCUCAUUCAUAGAGUGUGUAUUUUAUGAGUGUGUGAGCAUUUGAUUGAAAAUAAGAAAGUUAUUAAGAAAUUUUUCGUUUUACUUUUUCCACAGCAGCUAAUGUGUAGGAAGACAUUAAACCCACACCAAAUCAUGAGGGGAUCAGGAUCCCCCCAAUCUUCUUCUCUAGGUCGCCAAUCCCACAGGCUGUGCAGCUUGGAUUCCUAUGUUUAUGCUAUGUUUCCACCUCAGUGCUGUCAGCCUUUGGGACAGUGGCUAUCAAAAGCCAAGAGCUCUUGUUUAUCUGCACUGUAUAAGCUGCUGAUAGACUACACUAGCCCUCUGGUUUCCCAGCUCAACCUCUCAUACAGUGUACUGACAGCCUGUGUUGUCUGUUUCUCAGCCAACUCGGGUUAUCUUCAGGGAAAGUAUGGAGGCAUGGUUUGUUUUGGUUCAUCUCCAGGAUGUAUACGGCGAAGACAAACCAAAUACUUUUCACCAUUGAACUAUCUGUACAUUAUCUUUGGUAACACUAGAAUACUGUAGUCUUGGGGAACACACAGAGGAAACGUAGCAAGAAUCACAUACGAGGCUUGGUGUUUCAUAAGCACACCAGCUGACAGUUGUAUGUGGUACUGUAGUGCUUACCAUAGCCAGGUACAGGUUCAUGAACUUUUCAUACUGAAUUACAAUUGAGUAGAUACCAAAAACAGAGUGGCAAAUGUAUUUUAGUAGCAGAUGAGGCCAUUAGUUUUGGGGUGAAUUUUUCACUGUUGAUUUUACUUUAAGAUGUAGCAAGAGAAAGUUUUGUUUUUAAGGCAUUUUAAAAGCUGUAGCAGGCAUAUGCUUCAUUUACUUCCAAAGAGGCAAACGCAGCUAGACUCGCUUACAGCACAUGCUUCGCUCCAUGGUAUGGGUGGACACCUACACUUUUUCAGUAGCAGUCUUAAACUACUCACAGCCAGGCAGGGGUGGGCUUCUGUAGGAUUUAGUGCCUGAACUUUUCUUUUGGGAAGGGGCUGGAGUGAAUGUACUGGGUAUGGGAGGGAAGCAGAAGGAAACAGGUCUGUGAGUGAGUGUGCAUGUGUGGAAAUUCAUCGUAACCCUCGAAGCUAGCAAGCGACCGCUGACCGCUGUUGGCCGUGCUUCACUCAUGACUGCAGCGUGCAUGUAUCUCUUCGCCGUGUUUUCUUACCUUCACUAAGGAUUCAUCAGAUCAUCUUGCUCAGAUGGCUCAGGAUUGUAUUCCUUUGGCUUAACCCCGUGCUCCUGGGUUCUAUGGUGUUUCUAUAAUUAUGAAUAGUGUUGCACUGUAAUCUAUCAUAUAGAGCUAUAUGUAUGGAAAUUUUUGAUCAGUUUUUUUAAGAGAUGUAUCCUGUUUGCAAAGGCACAAUAAAAUUGCAUCUUCUAGAUUAUAGGCAAUAAAGAUAACAAUAAACCUUAUUUAACAAAUCAGACUGGUACUCUCUGCUUAUUUAAUUUGGUGGGGGAGGGAGGAUGUCUAACAUAUCCAGUAGUUUCAGGGAUUUCAUUUUAACUUAACUCUGAUAUCUUUAAUUUAUAAAUUUCAGACUGAUAAAAUAGAGUUUUGGAAAACUAUGCGACAUGAUUUGUUGAUGUGUGUAUUCCUAUGUAAAACACAUGGCUUCUUCUGUGUGUAUUUUUUAAAAUUAAAGACUUGCACAUUUAAAAAGUG